AUGAACAUGAACACAGCAACAGCACACGCAACACACCUCCCAGCAGCCAGAGCCGGAGGGAGUAGAAUCGCACGCAAGCCUAAACGCACUGCCGGUGCCGAGAUCGAGGAGAUUGAGGAUGUGGAGGAGGAGCAGUCGCACGACUACCCACGCCCAGAAGAUCACGUGCACCACGAUCACGACGAGAAGGAGGGCUAUAAGAAUCGCAGGGAGAGACGCAAGAGUGGCUCCGGCUCAUAUGGCAGGCCAGUGUCGGAGCCAGUGAUGGAAAGCCCAGCGUACACCACUCCGAUGCAGAAGACGAUGCACAUCAAGCAGCCAGCAGGGCGCGGGCUCAACUAA